GAGGAACUUCCUCAUACUUCACCGUCUUGCUUGUGUGAUAGCCUACCGUGUUUUUGUCUCUGGGAUAAACCAUCAGAUUUCUUCAAUCGGAUUUAAACAACUUCCAGCAUGACAAGUUCUGUCACCCCAGUUAAGCACUUGGUGGCAGAAGCUAGGACAUUUUACAAUGAAACGUUUGGAAAUGAUCCUGAAAUUGCUGUUUGUGCUCCGGGCAGAGUCAACUUGAUUGGGGAGCACACAGAUUACAACCAAGGAUUUGUCCUUCCAAUGGCUCUGCCACUUGUAACUGUUGUGGUUGGCCGUCAAAUAAGCGGUAACAAGGUCUCCAUUGUGAGUGCCUCUGAGGCCUUGGAAGAAUCCAACAGAGUUGAUUUUGAUCUGCCAACAUCCACCACACCUUUGCUGCCAGGCAAACCCCGUUGGGCCAAUUAUGUUAAAGGAGUGAUCCAGCACUACAGAGCGCAUCCCCUGCCUGGUUUUCAAGCGGCCAUCUGCAGCAGUGUGCCCUUAGGGGGAGGACUAUCAAGCUCAGCCUCGCUUGAAGUUGCAGUCUACACAUUCCUUCAACAGCUUUGUCCAGAUGAUGGUGAUGACAAGGCAAAGGCAAUGGCAUGUCAAAAAGCAGAGCACACACACGCAGGUGUCCCAUGUGGUAUUAUGGACCAGUAUGUAUCUGUGUUGGGCAAAGAGGCACAUGCACUGCUCAUAGACUGCAGAUCAUUGGAAGCUGAACCAGUGCCCCUGGUAGACCCCGGACUUGUGAUACUCAUAACAAACUCCAAUGUGAGGCACUCUCUCACAGGAAGCGAAUAUCCCACACGGCGAAAACAGUGUGAGGAGGCGGCACAAUUGCUUGGAAAGAGCAGCUUGAGAGAUGCCACCCGAGAAGAUCUAGAGGCUGCAAAAGAUGGGAUGGAUAAUGUCACAUACCGUCGGGCCCGUCAUGUGAUCGAGGAAAUAAGGCGUACUUCACAGGCAGCCGAGGCCUUAAGGCAACAGAAUUACAAAGAAUUUGGACGACUCAUGGUGGAAAGCCACAAUUCACUGAGAGACGACUAUGAGGUGAGCUGUAAAGAGCUGGAUGAGCUUGUUAAUGCAGCGAUGGAGGUGCGCGGUGUGUACGGCAGUCGCAUGACGGGUGGAGGAUUUGGUGGUUGCACCGUGACACUACUUCAGGCAGAUGUCGUGGAGCAAGUUAAGCAACACAUAAUGGAGAAGUACAAUGGAUCCCCAUCGUUUUACAUUACAACUCCUUCAGAGGGAGCACGGGUGCUCAGUCUUUGAAAAGCAAAUAUUUUUUACUGUAUGUAUGUGGCCAAACUAUGCUUGGACAAAUUUCCAAAAAUAUUCAGACCAAAAUCAAGAUGAAAACUUGUUUUUUCAGUCCGUAUCUACCAAGAUGGAUUGUGGAGAUUCUCAUGAAGUUGUAGUGGACCACAUUUUUCAAAAGCGAAAAAAAUGUAAUUCAUGCAAACUAUGAUGAUUUAUGUAAUGGGAAUAAGGAGGUCUACAUUGGUACAUGUUUUUUAUAUAAUUUAAACAAAUUAACUCAAUUCAGAUAGUGAUUUGAGGAAUAUUAAAUUUCAAAAUAAGUUGAGAUUCAUUUUCACUAAUGUGUUCGUAAUGAUAAUAAAAAGACUUUCAGCACUUAAGCCAAUGUUUCCCAAACUGCGGUCAUGAAGGUCCUGCAGAUGGGUCACGAAGAGAAGGGAACACUUGCAUAAAACAAUUGCUUUUGACACAAUUACAUAUGUCUAUAAUGGCAACAAUUUAGCAACAUUGGUCGACAAUUGCGUAUGGAGUAUGAUGUUGGAGAGGGGGUUGUGGAAAUAUUCAUAGAUCCAAAAGCCAGCAGAAAAAGUUUGGGAACCACUGACUUACGCUUUGUCAGCUGUAUUGCUCCAAAAUGAUACAGGCAGCUAUGAGAGAAUGGGAUGAGACCCAGCCAAAUAACCGUGUAAAGAAGUAAAGAAUUCUGAAGCAAAGUUUGUCU